CGUUCUCGGUGAGUACGGUAUCAUACGAUCUACAGGCAAGUCGGGCCUUGCAUGUCCACUGCGUAAGCUGCGGACCACCAUGAAAUGCUCAACUUUGUUUCGAGAGAUGGAGGUCGGAGAGUCCUGAAGAACAAGCUCACUGUCCGUUUCGUUCAAUCUGUAUCUUGUCCGUUCUCUACCAUUAUUGUUGUCCGUAUCCGAUCAUAUCAUCAUGCAAUCAGUCUUCGAGAAACAGCUGGAAUCGCAUGCUAUCGACUUGGGCAGUGCGGUUCAAGUCCUUGCCGACCAAUGUCGGGACGCGGGCAUUGGGGCAUCGGAUUGCUCUACGAAUGGUGCAACCCCCGAAUCUCGCACUCGCACUGUAGGGAGCAUUCUUGCUACGGUGGGCCAUCUUCAGACUCUGUUGUUCCAACUGGAGCCGACACUUUUCCUCCAACAACUCGCUAGCCAGAACCAACUUCUCGCAUGUCUCCAAUGGCUAGGAGAAUUUCAAGUUCUUGCCUUCGUCCCACUUGGUGCAAACUGCAGUGUGCCAAUCAAGGACGUGGCUGACCUUGCGGAUGUACCCGAAGCUCACUUGAGCCGAGUGGUGAGGAUCAUGGCUAUCGCAGGCUUCCUGCGCGAACCUCAACCGGGCCACAUAGAACACACCGCAUUGUCAGCGAGCUUUGUCACUCGUCCAGCCCAUUUGGACGCCGCCAUGUUCCUCGCUGAGACGAUAGCACCGUCCGCGUUACACAUGGCAGCGGCAUCGCGACAGCAUUCCACGGCUCGAGCAUUUGGUUUCGGCGCCGAUGGCAGCGCGUGCGAUGCAGGUGACAGCGCGUAUACCCUCGCGACAAGGGGCUCCCCAACGGAGGAUUCGACCUUCCAACUCGCAUUUGAGCGGAGAAAGAGGUUGCAGCGUCAAUGGCCCGCCUAUCUCAAUAGCGUGGGAGACACCGACGACGCUGCCGCCGAGUUGCUUGGUCAGUUGGACUGGAUAGGUCUUGGGAACUCAUGCGUCGUUGACGUCGGUGGCCCCAUCCCAGGCAGAACCAACACAGGUAACAGAUGUGCCAUCCAGGCAUUGGCAGACCUCUACCCCGCGCUAUCGUUUGCUGUCCAGACCGAGGAUCCGUCUGCUCCAAUAUCGCCUUCAUUUCCUGACCCUGGUCGGAGGAUCUCGGUGCAUAAGCGGCCCAACGGCGCGCCGCAGACGAUCAAGGAUGCUGCCGUUUAUAUGGUCCGCCUCUCCACGUCUUCCUCCCCACCCAUUGUCCCAAUCCGAGAGAGGAUACUAUCUGAACUCCGGUCCCAUCUCAGGGUCCUGGAAGGGAACAGAUCAGCUCUGCUCAUUCUCACACCGCGUCUUCUACCAGAUCCAGGAUCCGUUGAUGUGCAGGUUGAAAGCAUGGCUCGUUUACGAGACCUAUCCCUGCUACAACUAGCGAACGAACGCGACCUCAAUAUGCAGGAGCUUAUGGAUUUGGUCGACAGUGUUCAUGAUGCAAACGGCCGCCUGGUCGUGAUCAAACAGCUCCGAUCUCGGAACUCUUCUGUGGUGGCUUUGGGGAUUCGUUAUCAGUCUCACUCGGAGAGGCCACUUAAUGCAGCUUAGAUGUUGUGUCCACUAGGGCAAUGCUUUAGAUAAUACAGUUAGGUUUUUCUAGAAAUGUUC